UAGCUAGAAAUAUAUUUCACUAAUUGUGAGCUAAAUCUGAAAAACUAUAUAAACAUACUGAUUUAAGCAUUAAAUAAGAAGAAUAUAUACUAUAUAAGCCAUAAAAUAACUAUAAAGCAACCAUGACUACUGGGAUCAAUGAGGAAUUGGUCAAAUAUGUCAGAUCAAACUUGAAAAAUCUCCCUAAGACCAUUGAAUAUGAUAAGAUGAUUCUGAGUGCUCCAUAUAAUUGUUUUGAUGAUGAGUUGACCACAAGAAGAACUCUUGCCCAUGAAUUAGCACUUGAUUAUGCCAAUGUUCGAAUGAAAGAUUAUGGAUUUGAUUUGAAAAGGCAUCGUCAAGCUCGGUCUGACUACUUAUCUACUAUCUUUGGUAAGAUUCAUGAUGAUAUUUAUCUUGAACCUCCAUUCAAUGUUGAUUAUGGUUUUAAUACUAUUAUUGGGAAAUCAUUCUAUGGUAAUUUUAAUAUAACAUUUUUAGAUUGUUGUUUAAUUACUAUUGGUGAUAAUGUCUUAGUAGGUCCUAAUGUUACAUUUACAACUGCUACUCAUCCUACUGAUCCUCAAUUAAGAUAUGAAGGAGUUGAAUAUUCUAAACCUAUAACUAUUGGAAAUAAUGUAUGGAUUGGAUCUAAUGCCAUAAUACUUCCUGGAAUAGUUGUUGGAGAUGGUGCAGUUAUAGCUGCUGGAGCUGUAGUCUCUAAGGAUGUACCUGCUUACACUGUGGUUGCUGGUGUUCCAGCUCGAGUCAUUAGGGAAUCAACUCCUUUUGAUCCAUAUACUAAAAAUGCAUAGAAAUCAUAAGUCAUAUAUAUUUCAAUUAUUCAUUAGAUAAGUCUCUACAAUUAAUAUAUAUUAUUAUUAGUUUAUUAGUAUUAGUUUAUUAGUUAAAACUUUGAUUUAUAAGUCCGUGCACGUGAUGGGCUUAGCCCUAAAUUUUGAUAUAGU